GUUGUCCUCUUCUGCUUUCAGGAUGGGAAGGAAUUUGGAAUUGGGGAGCUCGUCUGGGGAAAGAUCAAAGGCUUCUCGUGGUGGCCUGCGAUCGUCGUCUCCUACAGGGCCACGGCCAAGCGCCAGGCGGUCUCAGGCAUGCGGUGGGUGCAGUGGUUCGGAGACGGGAAGUUCUCCGAGGGUUGGUUCUGGGUCGUGCCUGCAAAUUGCCUUGAGAGCGAUCACUGCGGGAGCUCCCGCCGCCCUCCAGAAUUAAUCGUGUCCCCCGUCUGCUGCGGCGAUGGGGACAGCUCGCAGGAAAACCCUCCUUUCUCUGCUGGGACUGUUCCCAAGUGCAGCCAUGGGGCCAAGCUCUGCCUGUCCCGGGGGAUCCAGGGAGCUCCCGGGGCCCGAGGCUGGUCCCCAGGGAGCCACCUGUGCCUUGCAGAGAACGGGGCCCUGGGGAACGGGCUGGAGAAGGUGCUCUCCCUCGAGCAGUACCCCCCCACCAAGAGGCUGAAGACCAACCUCUGCAACAACAGCAAGGAGCAGCGGGUGGAGGAGGACCAGACCCGAGAGCAAAUGGUGUCUGAAGUUACGAACAACAGUGGGAGUCUCGAAGGUAACCGAUCGCGCUGCCUCUCUCGGGACGAGGAUAGAUUCCUGGAGCUCUUCUACAUGUACGACGAAGACGGCUACCAGUCCUACUGCACCGCUGCACCCAAAAUCUACCCCACAGUCCCGCCAGCGAACCGGAGACCUAUUCGAGUGCUCUCUUUGUUUGAUGGCAUAGCAACAGGGUACCUGGUGCUGAAGGACUUGGGCAUCCAGGUGGAGAAGUACAUCGCCUCGGAGAUCUGCGAAGACCCCAUUGCCGUGGGCACCAUGCGGCACGAGGGCAACAUCACCUACGUGCACGACGUCAGGAACAUAACCAAGAGAAACAUCGAGGAGUGGGGUCCCUUCGACCUGGUGAUCGGCGGAAGCCCCUGUAACGACCUCUCGCUUGUCAGCCCGGCCAGGAAGGGGCUGUAUGGUAAGGCUGCUUUGCCUCGGCACGGCUGGGUGCCCCGGGGUGCUCCCGGGGCGCGGACAGCCACCCCUGUAGCCCCCCACUACCAAAACCUUGCUACGCAAACCCAGUACGGGAGGGCAGCCAGGCCCCCCGGACCCGUGCCCCCGUGCCACGGCCGGUCCCAGCCCGUGGCUCUGGCAUUCUCCCUUGCAGAAGGAACCGGGAGGCUGUUCUUCGAGUUUUACCACCUGCUCAACUACGCCCGUCCCAAGGCGGGAGAGGAGCGCCCUUUCUUCUGGAUGUUCGAGAACGUGGUGGCCAUGAGAGUCAACGACAAGAGGGACAUUUCUCGGUUUCUGGAG